AGUUGAGUGGCCCAGAUUCCGAUCUGUAUCCGUAAUGCCAGAUUUGGCUCCCAGUCGUGCAUGCGCACUGAUUUUUGCGUCAGUAAAGUAUCUAAUACGACCAUAAAACUGGUGCCCUUAGUCGCCCUAAAGAGAAAUAGAAUUAUAAAUGAAAAUUGGAAAUACUUCUACAAUAAUAUUGUGUGGAUAAAUUAUAACAUAGAGAUAGGUGUUAAAAUAAUUUUACAGACAAAACAAAUUUUUUAUAACUAAAAAAAUGAUUUUCAUGAUUUUGGCGCCAAUCGUUGCUAUGGGAUCAUAUAUUGUUUCCUAUAGCUACAGCACUGCGCGCUCAGCUUUUCUCGGCGCGCAUGCGCAAGCGUGACCCAAAUCUGCCAUCACGGAUCUGUAUUAACAUUGGUAGAUAAAUAUAAUCUAGAUAAAGUAGUUCAAACUUCUCUCGUAAGAUGACGAUAGUAUAACCUCAAUAACGUCAUUCGAUCUAUCGAUUAUCGACGUUCAUUUCAAUAUGUUCCCUUAAAAGUCAAAUUAUCCAAAUAUUCAACAUUUUCGAUCAUUUCUCGCAUUAAAAACAUCGAGUAUAUAGAAUUUCUUUCGAGUUCCCACACCACUACCAUCGAUGUACCAUUUGAUAAGAAAAUUGGUGACGUUAAAUGUUCGCGUUUGACGUUGGCUCGAGAUGCGAUUCGAUAGUAUCGAGCUUUUUUGGCAGGUCGAAAGAAAGAUGUCCUUCGAUGGUAGAUUAGAAUGUUAUUAGUCAUUCGGUCUUGUGUUUGUAAGUAAAUAUCAGCUGGAUGCGCAAGAGGAAACGCAACGCGAUUCCGUGACAGGACGUAACUGUGUCUCUUUCGUCGAAUCCAGGAAUCGAGAUGAGUCUUUUCCAGAACUCCUCGCCUUUCGACGCUGACGUCGAGAAAGCAACUAGCGAGAAGAAUAUGUCAGAAGAAUGGGGGAAGAUAAUGGAUAUCUGUGACAAAGUAGGAACCUCUACUCAAAGUGCAAAGGAUUGUUUACGAUCGAUUGUCAAAAGACUGUAUUCUCCCGAUCCACACAUUGUUAUACAAGCGUUAACAUUGUUGGAUGCGUGUGUAAGCAAUUGUGGUAAAACGUUUCACCUGGAAAUUGCAUCGAGAAAUUUUGAGAACGAUUUGAGAAAGUUAGUUAAUCAUUCCCAGCCGCAGAUAGCAGAAAGAACAAAGGGUCUUUUGAAAAAAUGGGCCGAAGGUGAUUUCAAAAGCGAUCCUCAACUAAAUUUAAUUCCAAGUUUGUACAACAAAUUGAGAAACGAAGGUCACAAGUUCACUACUCUCUCAGAUAUGAAAAGCUUACUGCGUAAAAAUCCAAAUGUGGUAACAAAUUCACAGGAAGAGGAAGAUCUUGCAAAAGCCAUAGAACUUUCACUUAAGGAAACUAAAGCACAGAGUCAAGUGCUCUCUUCGCAUAGUUCACCAGCAUCAAAGAAGAGUACCAGUUUAUACCCAAACGUAAGUUCUGCUCUUGGUACUUCCAGCAGUUCUGAAGGCAGGAAGGUUCGUGCUCUCUAUGACUUUGAGGCAGCAGAAGAUAACGAAUUAACAUUUUUAGCUGGAGAAAUAAUUAACAUCUUGGAUGACUCCGAUCCAAAUUGGUGGAAAGGCACCAAUCACAGAGGCGAAGGACUUUUUCCUUCGAAUUUUGUUACUGCAGAUUUAUCUGUAGAGCCUGAACAGUUCACAAAGUUAGAACACAGUAAUAAAAAAAUGGUUCAAUUUGCUGAAGAAGUAGAAGUGAAAACGGUAAAGAGGGAGCCAGAAGUGAUCGAAGUUGAAAUAGAUGAAAGAAAAAUGGAUAAACUUCUACACUUGCUGCACGAAGCCGAUCCUCAGUGUGAUACAUCUGACCCACAAGAAAUGAUCGACUUGGAAGAACAAGUGACCGCGAUGGGACCGCUGAUAGAUGCAGCUUUAGAGAAAGUGGACAGGAGGCACGCGCAGCUGACUCAGUUAAGUUCUGAUUUGGUGGAUGCUCUUAAUUUAUACCAUACGUUGAUGCGAGAACCUCCACCUCCCACAUCGUCUAGCUACACCUUACCCAAGAUGCCACCGCAUAUAAAUCCAUAUCAAUUUCAAACUCCAGGACCACCACAUAUAUUUAACGGGGUGCCUCCACCUCAUCAACCUUCUUUUUCUAUCGGGGCUGGUUCAUCUGUACCAUAUGGUACCAACAAUCCAACGAACGAAUACAUAGGGCCUGCUAGCAUGCCAAAUAUGACAUUACCCCAACAUUUUCACAUGCAAUCAGGACCACAUCAGCAUCCUCCUGGUCACUCUCAGGGUCCACCAGUGCUUGAACAUAAUAGCCUCCCUUAUUCUCAGCAAGGAUAUCCACCUCAAACUGGUUCUAUGACAGGACCCUAUGGUCCUCCAGGGCCAACAGGAUCUUCAGCGAAUCAGUCAUCUCAGUAUGCUCCGUCGAAUGGGCAACGCAUGAUGUGAAAGGAAGUUGCAUUUCAAAUUCACCCUGUACUCUAAUUCAAGCUGUACAAUAUUACUAUAUUAUAAUUAUUUAAAUAAACAUACCCGAAGUAGCCAAAGAUACUCGGCUUUUGAUGGAAGUUUGCAUUCGAAGGUUAUCGUCUAAGCUUACUACGCAGACAAAGGUAUCUAAAAUUGAUGGGAGGAUGGCGAUUCUAUUUAAUUCAUUGACAGUUCUAUUUAAAAGCUUAUCUAUUCGUUUUAUUCUUUAAAGAAGUCAAUUUUGUCCUGAUCGGUAUCUGAUACUCUACUACUCUACUUUGUGAACACCGUUAUGACUCAUAAUACUUGUAAUUGGCAUCAACCGUGGAAUAUGAUUGUUGUCCUAUGUACACCAAUACGUAAUCUUAAGUUCUUGAACUUUGUCUAAUAAUCUAUCGUGUACAAUCAUACAUUAUGAGUUAUGCUAUCCGUUGCGAUACACAUAAAUAGAGUAGUGAAUGAAACAGUAUGACAGACGGUGGAAACUGUAUCAAGAGUUUGAUCGUAUUUUAUAGUUUUUUACUGUCAUUCAUUCUCGAUAAAUAAUUGUAAAGCCUUGAUAUGCAUUCUGCUGCACAUGAAUCCUUUUUUAAAGUAAAGCUUGCGUAACAGUGUGGCUUGGAAAGCUGCACGAGUGAAAUAUUGAUUUAAAUCUAAAAAAUAAUUAUAACGAGACUUGUCCACUAUGUAUAACAUCUAUUUCCAAUUAAUUGUUUAACUAGGAGGACUUUCUAUAAAAUGUUAGCGCAUAAUAUUGUCGGUCUUCGAGUUAAAAGAAGGAAAACGAAAGAAGAUAACGACUGUAUUCUCUUAAGAUUAGUUUCAAUUGAAAUUCGAAGAAAGGCGAUUUGAAUUCUGUUAGGAUAAGUGAAAUCUGAAGACUUUCUUCGCCAAUUGUCUUUAUUUUUGGUUUACGUCCUAAGUUUAUAUUCAGAAAGCGGAAUACAAUGUUAUUUAUUAAUACUACUAAUAAGAAAUAAAAUAACGAAUGUUAAUAAGUAUUGAUUCAAUAAAUAAUUGUUAUAUGAUUCAGGAGUUACUGAAUUACAAAUGUAAGGGUUUAGCGAUUCUGAUGAUUCAUUUCAUUCGUGACUCAGGAAUUACAGCACUUAAAUUAAAUGUAUGAUAAGCAAAUGUCUUGUGUAAACUAUUCGCUAGUAAUGUUUAAAGAACAAGAUAUUGAAAUAGAGAAACUAUAAAGCUAGGGUUAAUUGAAAUUAUAUAUUUGUUUAUAUGAAUGUCAUAUGUAAUGAUGUAUAGUAGUACCGCAAAUGCGCAUAAUUCUGGAAGCAAAAUCUAUGUACUGAUUGCCAUAUUCAAUAAGUAAGUUUUUGUAACCCAAUUAAAUAACUAAUUGGA